GAUAAGACACCAAAACACAAGAGGACAGAAGACGUGAAAAAAAACAACAACUGACAGCUAAACUUUUAUCUACGCUAUCGCAGAAAAAUUGUCAAUGCCAAUGGAGAAAUGACGGAGGUGUGGCAGUAAGUGUGGUGAAUGUGUAAGUGUCUGCAGCUGCUACAAAAGAUGUGGAAAUGUGUUGGGGGAGCUGAGAAUGAUGGUGACUCGGGAUACUGAUGACGCAAUGGACUGCUUUUCUGGAGAAGGCUGGACCUGAUGACCUCUAAUCUUCAUCUUCAACUACAAAUUUGACCCUCUUUUCGUCUCAUAAAGGAACCCUGGACUCCAAGAUUCUUCGCCUUCCAAUGACAACAAACAGUCAACCACUGUCUCAAUUCCUGGAAAUCGAAAACCUCUCUUGGUUACACUAAUAAUCUUGUCAACAAAUAAAGACCAUUUCUACCCAAUUUUUACCUUGUAAACCUUGUUUACAGAACUACGUUUAAAAUUGGAAGUCAAGUUUGGUAAACAAAUUGUUUACUGUCAGCAUCAAAAUGCGAUUGGCGACCGGAAGUGUAGGUCGCAGUGAGAAUUCGCGAGGACACGGGGGAGUUAAAAGUGCCCCCAGUUUAGUUUUGCCCAUUCAGUUUUUCCCCCUUUGUCAUCUUUUCAGUGUGACCUCAAAGUUACCUGUGGUGUCGUACAUAACACUGCUGUUUCUGCUUCUCCAAUCAGGAAAAGUUUUCUGCAAAAUCAGUAUAAAAGUUCAUAAAUUUGCUGCAGUUCUGGAAGAGCCGAUGAAUAUUUCGACAAACUCGGCAGUGAUCUGCUGGCAGAAACCAGUUGCUGACUCGCAAGUUAAACUGUACACUCUCAAAGUUGAAAUCGAUUCGGGAGACAUCAGUUCGUCGGGUGGGAACACCGUGUUUUCGGCGGAUGUUCCCGCGGGUAAAAACGAAGACCGGUUUUGCCAGUCCGUGGAUAACUUGGAAGAAGACACGAAGUAUGUGUACACAGUUAUUGCAGUGCAUAUUAAUGGACUAGCAAUACAAAACGUAGACAGAGGCGCCUUCAAAACCAAAGCAAACUCCUGCAGCACUCAAGUGUGUAGUGGGGGGUCAUGUACUAACAUCAACGAGUACCCCUACUUCAACUGUAUGUGCUACUUGGGCUACUAUGGACCAGCGUGUGAACAAUACAACCCAUGUGUCAACAUGCCCUGCAACCCAUACGAGUGUAUCAACAUCACCACUAACCAGUUCGAGUGUGUCUGCCCUAAUGGGGACAAGUACACAGAUAGUUCCGACUGCGACGAGCGACAGAGGGAUCCGUGCAAGGAGGAACCGUGCAUGAAUGACGGAGUGUGCACUAAUUUAGGCGAAGGUGAGUUCGAGUGUGCAUGUGGAGAUGGAUACAAGGGCAAAGUGUGUGAACAGAUGGAAAAGUGUCAGUAUGUGUCUUGUGAGAAUGGGGGAAAGUGUCGCGAGGACUCCUCGGCUCAGCUCGGAUUCAAAUGCGAAUGUCCCCCGGGAACUGCAGGAAUGUUCUGUGAAGUUGCGGGUCCUUGCGAGUUGGUCACGUGCCUAAAUGAGGGCACUUGUGAGGUAGACAUGAACUCAGGUGACCCCAAGUGUAAAUGUGCAGAGGGGUUCAUAGGGGAGAAUUGUGAAUUGACCGACUGGUGUCACAAGAGUAGGAAUCCUUGUAAGGAGAACUCGACUUGUAUCUCGGACGAGGGGUCCGAUUUGGCUGUGUGUAGGUGUCACGAGGGAUACUACGGGAUCCACUGUCAAUUCUACGACUAUUGUGCCAAAGACAACAUGUGUAACAACCACGGUGAGUGUAAACUAGACACAAACAACGCCAAAAGCGAAGAGCCGUUCACGUGUCUGUGCGAUGAAGGUUGGAGUGGAAACAACUGCGAAGAUCUCAAUGCGUGUAUUGCCCAGAACCCAUGUCAAAAUGGAGCCCAAUGUACCUACUUAGGCCACAAAAACUACUCCUGUUCUUGCGUCGAAAACUCCGGAUUUUGGGGCCCUAAUUGCCAGUUUUAUAACCAGUGUCAUAAAAGUCCUUGCCAAAAUGGUGGCGCGUGUCGUAAUAUUACGAGUGAUAACAAUUCGGAAAACGACUAUUUGUGUCUUUGCGACGCGAAUUUUGAGGGCAAAAACUGUGAGAUUCUAAACCCUUGCAAGAAGGAAAACUAUUGCGGGCAAGGUUCUUGCACCUUCAAAGGGCACGAAAGAGCAACGUGCGAUUGUCAGCUCGGUUAUUACGGCGAAAGGUGUGAACAUUACGAUGUGUGCAAAGUUCGGAAUCCUUGUCAGAAUGGCGGGUUUUGCGAAGCGACAGCAGACAACGGGUAUCAAUGUCGAUGCGUUAACGGGUAUUCAGGUCCCGAUUGUGACAAGUUCGACCCUUGUGCAUCAAAACCGUGCCUGAACGAUGGUCUAUGUGUUCCACGGGACGACCGACUGGGAAUUUACGAGUGUAAAUGUAAAGACGACUAUGCUUCGGGGUACAGGUGUGAAUACAUCGACCCGUGCCGAGACCCGAAAACAUGUCCGAACCUGUUUUCGUGUCUCAACACGACAACCGGUCACGCGGUCUGUCGCCCGAACGACCAGUCGAGCAUUCCGAUGGGGGUUGCGUGCAACGGGGACGCAGAUUGCUUCAAUGGAGGACGGUGUAAUAAACAAGGAGUGUGCCAGUGCUUCCCGCCCUAUGAAGGAAACAGGUGUGAAAAUAUCAACCCGUGCAAUGAACCUGAAAUUUGUUCUCGUCGUGGCGAUUGCAGAAGAAUAUCACAAGCAAAUGCAAAGUGCUAUUGUGAGGACGGGUUCUUCGGUCCCAGAUGUCAAUACGAGGACAAGUGUCUCUCUAAGACCUGUCUCAACGGAGGAAACUGCGUACUCCUCACCCCCACCACUGAUACCCAACAGGGGGGACAACUGCUGGAGGGUGGGGGAGGGGGAGGGGGACGGGGAGAGAGGAUUCCGAAGUGUCAUUGCAGGGACGGAUACAGUGGCGACGACUGCGGCACAUCUAACAAAGAGUGCAAACUUAACCUAUGUGAGAAUGGGGGCAAGUGUCUCACUUUGGGCUUCGUGUCCCCCCAACACCAUGAGGGGUUUGUCUGUGAGUGUCCCAAGGAGUUCUACGGAUCCAAGUGCCAACAUCUCAGAACCUGUGCUGCAACCCCUCCUCUCGACAUGAAAUCAAUCGGGGCACUCCGAUGGCCCCAGACACCUGCAGGCAACACAUCCAGAAUAGUCUGUCCAUAUGGAUCCAGACGUCCAGGGGGAGCAGAGGCCAUCGAGACCGGAUUUGCUUCUCGAGUCUGUAUGAUUAGAGAGUCCCCCCACAGGCAUAUUGAAGUGACAUGGGGGGAAGUGAACGCGAAGUACUGCCAAAAUGAGCCGAAAACUCUGAGAGAUGCAAACAGCAUAAUUGACGACAUGGUGAAAACAGUGACUGAAACAAUCCCAGAAGAAAUUUCCACUGACUUAAUUCGAUACACAGCCCAAGUAUUGCAUAAUCUCUUAGCUGCAUUUACUCUCACGGACAGAAAGAGUGCACAGAAACAUGUGCAGUUAGUGAACAGUCUGAUGGCUGCAGAACCCGAAGUGAUUUUUGAGGCGGAAGCGAACUACUCGACUAGCCGAACAAUUGUGUCCGACUUGGAAGACUUGGCGCGUCGUUUCGUCAUGGCCACCGAAGAAAGAGCCCAUCAAGUGUACUCAAUAGUCAACAAUAAUUCCCCCUCUCAAACCUCUUCCUCCUUCUCGCCCUCUAGCGGUAGCUCUGAAGUAGUAGGAGGAGGGAGUAGUACUGAAUUGGCCAAUCACAGACGAGUGUUGAUUCUGGAGGGGGAGUUGGUGUGUAUUGUGAUCAUCACUCAAGACGCUCUUUUAGCCCAACAGGAGGGGAUGAGUUACACGUUUAAAGAUGGACUAAUCUCAGUGCGUGUUCCCGCUGAAGUUUUCAAGUCACGCUCCGGCAGUUCACCCUCCAGCCAAUUUCAGCCCUACUCCCAGAAACAAUCCAGCGGAAAAAGCCAGAUUUCAAAGCGAGAAGCUUUUUGGAGCCCUCCAUUGCCAUCGCCAUUAUCAUCAUCAUCAGGGCUACCAAAAUUACACACCCGUGAAACCCGGCAACUCAAUUCCUUCCAAAAUCCUAAUUUAUCCAGUACAAUUUUCUCGAAGACAGAAGCGACCGAUGAUAACUUCAAUCAAGUUAUAACUCAAUACCAGCAGUUUAUUAUUAGUGAAGAUAAAACUGGAAAUAAAAAGACUACCCCGGAUAUUACGAAAGAUGGCAAUACAAACAGCGAGGAUAUUGCAGACAAAAAAUCCUACCAAAAUUCCGUCAAAAAUAGCCACGAAAUUGUUCGUCGACAAGUUAAAUUAUCGCCACCAAAACAACAAAGAACUCACAGGUUGCAAAUUAUAAUCUACAAAAGGGACUAUUUUUUCAACCCCGCGGGAGCGACUAUUGUGCCUGGGUCUUCGAAUUCUCUGGAUGGGUUAUUUUUCCCAGAGUCUGGACGAGUUGUUUCUGUGAAUUUAGACGGAAAAUCGACUGUGCGGGAUUUGAAAUCGAAGAACUCGGUUGAAAUCACUUUUCCAAACACCGCUGAUCAGAAAGCGGAGCCUCUGUGCGUAUUUUGGAAGGAAGACGCUCGCUAUUGGUCUCAAACGGGACUGGUGACAAGAGCGUACGGUAGAAACGGAACCACUUGCCAAUCAUCACAUUUGACCACAUUCACUUUAUUCAUGCGUGUGAUGAGUGGGUCGGGGCUGGAGGGAGAAGUUGCCCCCUCCAUCCUGCCCUUCGUGGGCACUGGACUGGCCAUCAUUGCAUACACCCUCACCAUCAUCACCUACUGCCUAUUCGGGUCUCUGCGUCGUGAGGCCAGUGGCAAUGUGGUACUCAGUCUGGCAGCUGCACUACUCCUCCUCAACAUAUCAUUCCUGGCAGCCGCCGUGCGCACCCGAUUCCAAGACCAGCACCUGUGCAAUGCAGUGGGCGUGGCUCUUCACUUCUUCCUGCUGGCAUCUGUCAUGUGGCAUGUAGUCGACGCCCUCUUCUCAUACAACAAUGUCUCCCGUCCUCUAGUCCUCUCCUCUCCAUCCCCUUCUCCCCACGGGGGUGGGGGUGGUGUGAAUGGGAACGUGGUGAUGGGAGGCUCAUCUGCAGGUGGGGGCAUGGUCAUGGUCCCCUCCAGCCAGAUGAGUGUCAUGGCUGCCGCCGCUGGAGUCCACGAUGCGAACCAAGUGUCCACUUCGCUAUUCAUCAAAUGUGCACUGUUCGCUUGGGGUAUGCCACUAAUCAUCACGACGCCAACCAUUAUAAUCAAACAAGGAAACUACGACAUACGAGAUAUUUACUGUCGUUUGACCCCUGACCUUGAGACGACCUACUACGGCGCCCUAGUUCUACCAUGUUCCGUCAUAAUACUAGUCGGCAUCGGCUUCCAUCUGAUUGCUUUGAAGUUGGUCCAGUCGCAGUCCAAGCAACAAUCCAACCAAUUCCAGGUGCAACAAGUCAACUACCCCUCCCACGAACGGGCUUUCCUGGAAUCGAACCGACUCAACCUCGUCACGAUGACAUUUGUUCUUAUUUCCUUUUCAGUCACGUGGAUUUAUUCCCAGUUUUUCUUCCGAACUAGUUUGCCAACUUUCGAGUUCGUAUUUUGCUGCGGAAAUGUUUUCCAAUCUUGGUGUUUUUUCACAAGUCGGUGUAUGUUGCUACGCGAAGCACGGGACGCUUGGAAAAUGUUCUUCAGUGCUGGUGAAAUGAAACCCCACAUUGUAGCCGACGGUCGACAUCUAAAAUGCAACGCCUAUGACGAUUCAGUUUCUCACGCAUUAUUGUCCAAUCACAAUAAAGCAAUUACGCCUGAAAAAUUCCAAAUGACAGCUGCCAAUCAUAAUCAUUCACACUUGAACGGAGGCAGACAUAGCAUGGAGAGUCCCUAUCGCCAUUUUGACUCAAACGGGCAUUCAGGCCAUGCGAUUCCCGAGUCGAUAGGGUACGACUCGAAAGACAUGGCGAUCAUACAUCGAAACAGCCCGCUCGGAUCCCAAGGUUCGCAAGGCGCCAUCAUUUUUGGCGAGACAAUGGAGAUCAAAAAAGCGGCCGCUCAAGUUUUCGCCGCCCAAGGAAGCAGUAGCAAAUCGGUCACUGACGAAAGUGUUCGAGGGGAUGACGACGAGUUUACCCGGACGCCUGGUAUGUUGCCACAUCCAGACCAGUACUGGCACAUGCAAACAGCCGAGCGAAUUUCGCCGCCCACUUCGAAUUAUAUUCCAAGUCCGCCAUUAAGUGAUCCGCACAGGGAGUCAUACGUGUAGAGUUUCCUGUUUUCUAUUAAAGUUUUCACAUCCGGAAGUCAAGAUAAUGAACAAACACAGUUUGCCCAUUCCCAAAAAAAUGAGAUUCUAUCUUGAAUUUUUAUAUUUGUACUUCAAUUUUUUAGAAUUAAACUUCAGAAGGUGCUAUAAUGUUGACAAUUAACAUUUUUAAAUUGUGUAUUCGUUGCAAUGAAAUUUUAAUUUAUUAUACUUAUUUGGA